AGUAACCUACAUUUACACAGAGAACAGAUCCUAUAAGAUGAAGACAUGAGCUUUCACAGAUAUGUCGGACCUUUCCUUGAAACUGCAUGUUGUCUCCGACUAAAUGAUGAGAUUGCACCUACUCAGGAUCUGAUAUUAAACUGUGUAAUGUGCUGGGAAGAAAUGCAUAAGUGUAUGUAGGUGUGUACAGUAGGUGCUUCGUGGUUCAGCUGCCUCUUGCAUGUUACAGUAGAUGUACAACUGUAGGUCUGCAUUCUGAACACCGCCCCAGACAAUGCAGCUUAGAGGUGCAGCCAGAUCAGCUAGAGCCUGCUGUAUCAGGUCAUCUGACAGUCGUGUGCUUUAGGAUGAGCUCCAAACUGGGAUACAGUAAUUAUACUGUAGUUGCGGCAGUGCAAUCAAGCGCAGGUUGCCUGGAGAUCAACUCUGUGCAGGAAGGGACUUCUGGAGCAGGAUGGAGCACAGCUGGGCAUCUUCUGAAUUGGACCUGACCCAGAUUCGGCUGAUCGUAUAUCAGGAUUGUGAGCGCAGAGGCAGACAGGUGCUGUUCGACUCAAAAACGGUCUGCAAAAUCGAUGAAUCAGCUCAGAAGAAUGCAGAAGAUGUUCAGGCCAAGUGCUGCCAGACCAACAGGAGUGGAGCCUGCACCAUCAAUACCCAGAAUGCCCCAUCGGCUGGUAGACCCAAUGAAAAAGAACAGCUGCCGAGAUACCAAUAUACAAGGCCUGCGUCUGAUGUCAACAUGCUUGGUGAAAUGAUGUUUGGAUCAGUUGCUAUGAGCUACAAAGGUUCCACAUUAAAAAUCCAUUAUAUACGCUCCCCUCCUCAGCUGAUGAUCAGUAAAGUAUUUUCUGCUAGAGUGGGCAGUGCCAGUGGAUGUACAAACACGUUGCAAGAUAGCUUUGAAUACAUCAACCUGGAAUCCGGUGUCGGAAAGUCGUGUCCAAAUCCGAGCAGUUUGGGUAGCAUAGCUCACAGCACACCUGUUGACAUGCCAAGCCGAGGGCAAAAUGAAGACGGAGACAGUGGUAUCGCUCGAUCAGCAUCCCUGAGCAGCCUUCUUGUUACCCCAUUCCCGUCUCCAAGCAACUCCUUCUCCAGCAGCUGUGCCAGCAGUUACCAGCGGCGCUGGCUGCGCAGUCAGACCACCAGCCUCGAGAACGGGCCUGUGCCACGGUGGUACACUGAUGAAACCUUUAGCCUGACAGAUGAAAGCUUUGGCUCCAACCCAGCGAUGAUCAGGAGAAAGAAAAUCUCCAUCAGUAUUAUCUUCUCUCUCUCUGAGAAGGAGGGGGAGAACAGGAGCUUCCAGGAUUUCUUUUUCUCUCACUUUGCACUGUUUGAAUCCCACAUGAGCAAGCUAAAGACAGCAGUAGAGAAGACUAUGAUUUUGAGCAGGAAGACAGCUGAAUCCAGUCACUGGGUCCAAGUUUACUUAUGUGGUAUUAUGGAUGCCUUAGGAGAGUUCAGGACAACUAUCUGGAAUCUGUACAUGGCACCAAGAAUCACAGAGCCAGUGUGGUUAACAAUGAUGUCUCAUACAGUGGAGAAGAGGCAACUCUGUCAGCGCUUUCUUAAAGACCUCACACUUUUAGCAGAGCAGACCUCCAAGAACCAGUUUCUGUCUGGUUUGCUGACUGCUGUCCUGACCUACCACUUGGCCUGGGUUCCCACAGUAAUGCCAAAUGAUCAUCCUCCCAUCAAGGCAUUCUCUGAGAAGCACACCUCCCAGUCAGUAGACUUGCUGGCCAAGUCUCACCCUUACAAUCCCCACUGGGCACAGCUAGGUGACCUUUAUGGAGCCAUCGGCUCUCCUGUCAGACUGACGCGGACGGUUGUUGUGGGGAAGCGCAGGGAGCUAGUUCAGAGAUUCCUGUACGUCCUCACCUACUUCAUCCGAUGCUCAGAUCUACAGGAGAUACAGCUGAGCAUGAGCGGGAAGGCUGAGGAUGGAGAGCCUGUUCAAACCACCACCACACUUGAGAAAAGGGAGAUGGAGGAUUCUGAGCAUGUAGUGGUCACAGUCCAGAGCGAAGCCAGCCAGAAGUGCUCUGAGAAAUCGCAGGACAGCACCGCGGAGCCAGCCAGCAGUCCAGAGAGUCCGGGUAUGUUGAUUAAAGACAAACUGCUGACAUCUCCUAAAGCUAGGUACAGAGACUUGACAGAGAAUGAUAAACUAAACUCAGUUAGGACAAUGUCCGAUACAGAGGCCACCCACAUUUGCGGCAGCCUUAAAUCUUGCCGUGAAGUGCCUGCUGCCAUUCAGGAGAUUAAAAAGGAGAUGUUGGUCAAUGUGACUGGGGCAGCAGCCGGCAGCAUACGCUGUUUGGCAGGGAUGGAGGGCUGCUCGACCACAGCAUUCGAGUCCAGUCCUUCAAUUGAAAAGAAAUCCAUCAUCACAUCUUCACAUCACCUGCCUUGCCUCAGAAUGCCUGUUCAUCACAGUCCCCAUUUGCAGAGGGUGAGAUUCCAGAUGGGGAGUUCUGUCUCUCCCGAUUCAGAUCUCGAGAGCAGGAGGAGAGAAAUGGAUACAAAUUACCAGAAAUUCAGGGAAACAUCUGACAAGAAAGUAAAGUGUCACCAGAGUGGCCCAGACAGUCCCCUACCAGUCUCUCCAACAGAGGCCCAAAGUGAAACGGUCAGAUCAUCAUUCAAGUCACGUUUAAAGCACUGCCAUGCCAGAAUCCCAUCCUGUGAGGGGAUUACCAGCAUGUCUGAUGAAGAUAACACGAUUAUCACUCCAGCUGAAUGUAGUGCAAUCAGUUCUGAUCAGGAUAUGGAGGGCCAGGACACAGUCAAUGUCCCCUGUGGGGAUGCUGGGAGAAAAGUGACAUUCAGCAUAGAAGCUGACAUUCCCAGGAACGAGAGUUCAGACAGUGCUCUGGGAGACAGUGAUGACGAAGACGUACCCCAAGAUCGUAUCUCUCGUCAGAGCUGUGGAGAAAAGAUGGAUGAAAUCCGAGAAGAGGUCAAGUUGCCACUUCCUAGUACAGAAACUACUAGCCAGAAAAAUGCUAACAACUUUGGAAGAUCCCUUUUUGGAGGCUAUUGUCCGCAAUACAUGCCAGACUUUGUAUUGCAUGGAAUAAGUACAGAUGAAAGGCUAAAGCAGUGUUUAACGACAGAUCUUGAUCACACAGUCAGACAUCCAGCCUUAGAUGAGCCAAUAGCAGAAGCUGUCUGUAUUAUUGCGGACACAGACAAGUGGACAGUGCAAGUGGCUACGAGUCAGAGAAGAGUGGUGGACAGCAGUAAACUAGGAAAAGAUGUCCUCGUCUCCAGCCUUGUCACCAGCCUGCUCCAGUCUAUUCUACAACUCUAUAAGCUCAACCUCUCCCCUGACUUUUGUAUCAUGCAUCUUGAGGACAGACUUCAAGAGAUGUACUUCAAGAGCAAGAUGCUAUCAGAAUACCUAAAGGGAAACGCAAGAGUGCACGUAAAGGAGCUUGGAGUCGUACUGGGGAUUGAAUCUAAUGACCUUCCUCUGCUGGCUGCAGUGGCGAGCACACAUUCUCCUUAUGUUGCUCAGAUUCUGUUAUAAUUUAUAUCCAUUUCCAAAACCAGUUUAAAAAGUGGGGUUAGAAAGCGAGUAUAGCCUGUAGAGAACAUGCAGUAUAAGCUGCAGGCAGUAGUAAUCCUAGCAUGUACUCCAAUCCAACCGUGUGUGCUACCAAAAACAGUGCACUGAGGAACUAAAAAUACAGGCGUGACCUACUGUGGGAAAUCUUACUACAUAAACUAAGCAGAACCUGGGAAUUGAACUUUUAUAUUUAUGGUUUCUGCUGCAAAGACAGUAAUGCUGCCCAGUAAGUGGUAGGCUUUUGUACAUCAAAACAUUUGGAUGUGCAAUAUCAUGGACUUCAGUCUGAAGCAAUCCAAAAUUGGGAGCCUUCAGAUGAUUGGUUUUAAAAGGGAAGCCUUAUCUGGUCUCAAGUAAAAGUUUACAGGAGUAAUUGUUGAAGCAACAAACAGUGUUCUCUUAAGCCCCUUUCACACUGGCACUUCUACCCGGACCGGGUUCUGGCCACCAGGGUCACAAUCCUGUGUAGUGUGAAACCUGGGUCGUACCCAGUUUAACCCGGGUCCUAGCGACCCACCUCAGGAUGUGGGUUGACACGCUUUGACCCGGGUUGAGCGAGACAAAAUGCAUGAUGGCCGACGAAGUAACAAACAGCCACUCCUGCGUGAAGGUUUCACUUCCGCAAGGGACGUUUUUGUUUAUUCUGUUUGGUGAUAUUUUUGUUGCUUGAGACACACCAUGAGCCAGAUUGCAGCAGGGAUGAAGAAACAUUUGCUCUAAUCAAUAUUUGAGCCGAUGGUUCAAUCCAGAGAAGCUUGGAUGGAAGCGUCUAACAAGCUGCUUCCAGGGCAUUGAUACGCACAUUGUUUACUUGUGUCUGUCACCCAGGUCAACCCUGCUUCAUCAAAAGCAGUGUGAAAUCAUGUAGCCAACCUACAUGACACCAGGUCCUGACCCGGGUAGGUUCCGACCAGGGUAGAGCAUGCCAGUGUGAAAGGGGCUUUAGAAGACCAAUAUGCUUAUCAUCUUGGUCUAGUGGUCUUAAUGUUACAAAAACUAAUGUUACACAAACUGAAAUGAUAGGGUUCAUAAUUAUAAUUGAUGUGAAAUACAUUCUAUAUUAACCUGUUCAUUAUUUUCCCUCUCUGGUCCUUUUUUGGUUCUUCAAAUGGAUCAAGCCUUAAUAUGUUUUAAACUUCCUGUAUUGUUAGGUUGUAACCUAACAAUACAGGAAGUUUAAAACAUAUUACAGCUUUUAAAGAUAUAUGUAGGCAAUAUAGAACAAUAAAUUGGGACAAACCUCAGAAAGUACUAACCAUUACAAUAUUUAAAUGUAACACAGCGCCACAUUUUACGGGCAACUAGUUUUUCUAAAGCAACAUUUCUGUUAAAAAAGGAAGUUACAAAAUGAUGCACAUGCACACUAAUCGCAGUGCUUUCACAUGCAAAGCAGUGAUCCUAAUAGCUGGAUGCUAUUUCUAAAUCCUACCAUUUAUAUUACUGCUGUAGGGAAUAUAUAUAUAUAUAUAUAUUCCGUAAAAAAAUGUGUAUAAGUCAUCCCCCGUCCAACUUUUUGAGACAACAAUUUCAGGAAAAAGCCUAUAGGUCACACUGGUGUAUAAGUCACUCCCCCCUUUAAGACCCCCUAAAAAUACCUAGAAAAUACUUAUACAAAGGUUUUUACAGUAUACAUAUAUACACACACUGUAUGCAGGCCCAUUUCUGUAGAUACAUUCUCUUUUAUUACACGUAUCUUAAGAGUUUAAAAGCAAUAUUUAAUUGUUCACUUCAGUUUAAGUAGAGCUACUCAUGGGGGAAUUGCACAUGCCCAGCAACUGUGCCUGUAGGGAAGUUGUUUCUUCUGUUUAUUAUGUCUACAUUUUACAUUUAUUAUGGUGGUGUUUUGAAUUGAAAACUUAAUUCCCUGUUUUAAAAUGACAUGGUUACAAUGGUUAGCCAUGUACAUUUACAUACUCUGACCAUAGUCCACUGUGAAUGAAUGCUUCUUUUUCAUUGUGUUUUUUUGUUGGGAUGUUUCUAAACACUUACUAUUUUACAGUCUUGCAGUGGUAAUACAAGCUUUAAUGAAUAUUUGCAGUUUUGAACAAUGUGGUGGCCUUUCUUGCAAUGGUGGUUCUAAACUGACUGAAGAAUUCUUACUGUUUUCUUUUUUCUUAAAUAAACUACCUCAUUUGGCAGGA